AUGAGCACUCCAGUCCAAGGAGCCCAUCAUCUGGUGAACUCCAAGAUAACUCAAUACUUUGAGAAAAGCUCUAUUCCUGUAAAGGAACCACGGAAACGCACAGACGAAAAUGCAACAGACGAAGCAGAACAAGUACGACAAAAACAAAGAGAUAAAAGAUUAGGUGGACAAUUACGAGUUCCACUUAAAGACAUUGGAACAAAUAUCGGUGUACCAUUACGACCUCCAUCAGGAAGACCCAUACCUACAGGUUCUCAAAUUAAAGUAUGGAGAGAUGAACCUUCAACAUCAGCAUCUGUACGCAAAGAUAAACAGACGAUGGGAUCAAAUGUCCUUGCAUCAGGAUCGAACCACACACAAAAUAAAUCAUCUCAAUUCCAGAAACGAUCACUUGGAUCAUUGUCUUCAACACCUUUAAAACAGCCAACAAAACCAUCUACAAAACAAUCCAUCAAACAAUCUACCAAACCAUCUGCCAAACACACCACUGAUGACCACAAGUAUCCAAUUACCAGUAAUGACCAGGCUUCAAUAACGGACCUCAAACGAACCCGCCAAGAACGAUCGCUUCAGUCUAGCUCUCCAAUUUGUAAAUCCCACGACUUAUCCCGUACCAUCAAAACACACUCCUCAACACUAUCUAAACAAAACAUUACUCAUAAAUCAACUCCUAUCAUCGAUAAAAUCGUCUGCUCAGAUUCCAUGUUCUCAGUUCUAAGCACAGACCAACUGUCAAUGGCUAGUAUCACAACAAACCCACUUUCGUUUCACACAGAUCUGGUAUCAGCUUCCGAGUCUCCUUUCUUACAGAGAAGUGACAAUGAAAAUAAUCCUGAAGAACGAUGUCCGAAUGAACCAAGCGCCCAAGACCUCAAUGAACUAAAUGACUUUUUUUCGACCAGCUCUUUCAACUCACAAAAGCAAUACUGUAACCGCCCUGUCAAUGCAACAACUGAUAAAUCAGAUGUCUAG